AUGAAGUCUGGUCAAAGGAAAUUGGGAAAGUUGACGAGAAUCGCGAGGAAUGCGACUGCGAGAAUCAAGUCGCGCAGGAAGAAGGGCAAACUGUUCAGCAGCAGAAUCUUGCAAGCGUUGCGCUACUUUUGCACGCACACGACUCUUCACGGUCUACGAUACGUCGUGGAUCGCGAUCUACACAUGAUCGAGCGAUUCCUCUGGUUUAUCGUCUUCAUCGUAUCCUCUAGCAUCGCUAUCCAGGUGAUCUACUCGUUGGCGUUUAGGUUCCAGGCUGCACCGACGGUGAUCGAUCUCAUAUCGAUGCACUACGAGGUUUCAAACCUGCCAUUUCCAAGCGUGACGCUUUGCCCGAAUGAUCGCGUCGAUUGGAAUCGGGCUCUCGAGCUCGAAUCGAAGAUUUUUCCUAACAACACCGACAAAGCGAGUCUCGAGACUUAUCGAAGGAUACUGGGCAGGCUCUCCAUGAUGAGCUUCGGGGAUUUCGACGAUCUGGAAUUCUUGAAGAAUGAGAGAGAAUCAAAGCUCCUUCACAAUUUCGCAAGUAUCAACAUCACGCAUGUGUUGCACGAGGUAAUGCCGCGCUGCGAGGAGCUGCUGUCUGCCUGCUGGUGGCGGAACUCCAAUCGUAAUUGCUGCGAGAUCUUCGAGGUGCAGAAGACCGAGUACGGUUUCUGUUACUCGUUCAAUUCGGAAAUGGCGCAAUCCUCGGAAUCGCAGAGAUCCGCGGAGUCGCGACCACGAAGUGCAUCCGGUUACGGUGACUGGAGCGGCAUCAAGGUUACGAUUCAUGAGGGAAAUAUAACGAAGCCACCGGAUUCGGUCGAGAUCGGUGGCAUCGUCGUGAUAAUAAACGGACCGCGUGUCUGGCCUAACAGCGGCACCAUGAUACCAUCAGGUUCGAUGGUCAGCAUAUCUCUGGAUUGCGUUUCCGGAUACGCGACACAGCGAGUCCUCGAGCUAGACGAAGACAAGCAACCGUGCCAAUACGACGAGACCGGCUUGUACAACCAGGAAACCUGCCUGGCUCUCUGCAAGCGCUAUUUCGUCGCCAAGUACUGCGGCUGUAAUCCAUCCUUCCUGUUUCCCGCAACCAACCGUUUCCGCGAUUGCACCAUUGAGGAUUUCACGUGCCUGAUCAAUUAUAACGUGUCUUUUGGCGGCAUAAUCGGCUUAUUUCUGGGCGGCUCUCUGCUCAGCGUCGUCGAGAUCGUCUACUACCUGAUGAUAGCGGUGUACUCUUCCCUGCGCUGGCGAAAAAGAACCGUGGACAACGACUCGAGGACACCGUCGGGCACGAUGAUCGUCCGUACAACAGUGCUGCCCAUCUUGGAUUAUAGCCCUCUGAAGCCGCGAGCGAAGAGGAUACCGAUUUUCGCGAAUUGCAGCCUCGCGGAAUCGAAUUUGAACAGAUAUUGAGUUACCACGGAGGGAUAGAACCUGCCCCAAGUCUUUCAACGGGCAGGGCCGCUUACAAAGCCUCUAUUAUGGCGAAGCCGCCGGCUCGAAAUUUGAGAAGAUAAAAUAAGAGCGAAUUUGUCUGCUCUCUCCCCUCGCCGAAUCAAUAUUUGUUAUGUCGAAACGUGCAGAAACGUAUGCGGAUGUGCGGCGCAUGCCUGCAUACGAUUCGUUAAUGGAAUUCUAUUCUUCCCGCGGCUGGAGAAACGAAGUUUCCACGCGAGAUGCUCGCGUAUAAACGCUAAACGCCGCCGUGAAUCGGAGAUACUGUCUACUGGAAUAAACGAGUCCCGUUUUUCAUAGACACGUUGGUUAUUGUGUCUUGCCGUGUGCCUGUCCCCAUAAAUCAAGAAGUAGCCGCGAUAUCGAUCGGAUUUGACAAGGAAAUCGAGGAUGUCUUGCUCGCGAAAUUUCGUAUAGCUUUUAGACAUUCAUAUUCAUGUGUAGUCGUGUACGUAAGUGUGUGUGUGCGUCUAGGCAACUCGUAUUUUAUUCAACCUUAUAUAUGAUACGUAUCUUCCAUCUUGCCACUUUGCGGCCGCGUAACGCUUGACUUCAAUAAUACACGCCAUAUAUUUUACAUGCAUUUCAAGUGACUUUCUUGGCUUUUUCCAGCAGACCGGAGAGUCGAACAAUUGUGUAACAAAUUUAUAUUUCCACUUUGAAACGACAAACGUGAAGAAUGUGGAAACUGUUCCGCGCUUAACUUUUCCCGCUAAUCCUAAGUUUAGACGGUAUCAGUCUUCUUGCUGUUCUUUAUAAAAAGUAGUCAUAUGCAGAUUACUUAUAACCGUGUUUACAAUUUAGGAAAUUUUUAGCAUUAUGAAAUAUCACUAUCAUAUAUGUAGUUCAGAUGACAGAUGUUAGAAGAACUUAAUAAAUUUAAAGUAAUCGACGAUAAUUUGACACGUAACAUUAAUAAAGCCUGAUUCAACUUCGAAGUGGUCAAAGAAUCUCAAGCUAAAAAGAGGUCCGACGAAGAGAGAGCUAAUGUUCUGUAUGUACGAUACGUAUUAUCAUCAUUUUGCACUACAAAA